AUGCCCAAGCGGAAAAGAGAGUCGGUGGUCGAGAACGGCCAGAAUGAGUCGUUGUCCGAUCAGGGCCAGAAAGGAGGCCAGAAUUUGGUCGAGGUUCUUCCUGGCAUUACGCGCAAGAUCACAGCAUGCGCCGCCUGUCGCAAGAACAAGAUCCGCUGCGAUAUGCCAGACGAUGGCCCUCCCUGCGUCCGCUGUCGUCGCCGGGGCCUGUCGUGUGUCCUCAACCGCAGUCUUCAAUCGCUGAUCGAGGAUACCAAAAAUGUACAACUCCUUCAGACCGACGUCACCCAUCUCCACGAUACUCUCGACAUGCUCUGCCAGCAUCUCGGCGUGGAAGGCCCAAAAGCUCUUCGCUCAGUCGGACACGACCGCGAGGGCUCAUAUCCCCCAGCAGACGACCAGAACCGAACACAAGAAGAAGAAGAAGGCUGCGAAGUGUCGCCUCCAGAGUCUCCGUCUGCCGUGCAAGCCCCCAUUGACACAUUCCUGGACAUCACAAAAAUCCGCAGUCCGCAUUCACAUUCCAUCGACUCGCCCGCCAGUGCGCGCGCCAGCCGGUCGGGGACGAGAUCGGAUCUCAUCAGCAAAGGGAUUAUCAGCGCCACAAUCGCCGAGCGACUCGUGCACCACUACUUCGCCAGACUCGACCACUACCUAUACGGGAUUGGCGGGGAAUAUCAAGGGCUAGAGCAGCUGCGUGCGAACGCCCCGAUUCUGCUCGCCGCAAUCUGCACGGUCUCUGCACUGCACGAUCCCCAAGAACGCGCCGUCUACGAAGCCUGCAAUCGCGAAUUCCGGUCGCUGGUCGCGAAAUCGACCUUUGAGAAGCGCGAUGUUGACUACAUCCGUGCGCUGUGCAUCAGCUCGUUCUGGCUGGCCGACGCCUCGCGCAUCGUCUGCAGUGAUGCGAUCCGACGCGCCGCCGAUAUGCGCCUCCAUCGCAGCUUCGACGCUCUGUUCGACGAUCGCACGGGGUUAGGCAGUGGUCCGAUGCAGUCUGUGCCGUCGCCGUCAAUGCAGAAUCUGUGUGCGGCUACUGAUCGGGUGCGUCUGUGGUAUCUGCUGUUUGUGUGCGACCAGCAUCUGUCUAUCCUGCACAACCGCGACUCACUACUUCGAAGCGACAAGGGAAUCGCUGUCGGCUGGGAAUUAUACCUUCAUCGCGCUGAAACAACCGAGUCGGACGUGCGCAUCCUGUCUCAGGUAUCGCUGUUGUUGAUCAUGGGCCAAGUUCGCGAUGUGCUGGGAUCAGACAACCAGACCCCCCUGCCCCCAGCCCUGGCCAGCCAGAUCCUCAACUACUCGCGACAACUCGAUAAAUGGUACGCCAAGUUCUCUGCUUUGUUCGUAACAAACGCCUUUAUUGGCGAGUUCCCCAAGCGUGGUCUGCAGCUGCACUAUCAAUUCGGCAAGCUGUAUCUCGGCCACCAGGUCUUUAAAGGGCUUCACGGCCGGCCCAUUCCUCCGCAUUUCGUGUCUGCUGCGACAAUGGCACAUGAUACUGCCGUUUCUAUCUUUGAGAUGAUACUCGGCGAGCCAGAGCUGCAGGAGGGACUGGUGGGAAUGCCGCACUACUUCCAUGUAAUGAUAGCCUUUGCGGGCCAUCUACUGCUGGAGAUCUGCCAGAACUACUACGAGCAGCUGGCAAUUAAGAUCCAGGACGACUUUCAGCUUAUAAACAGUGCCUUAAAUUUAUUUAGAAACACCCAGUGCAUCCCCCAGCACCCUAUUUGGCGAAUGACGCCCGGUCUCAACAGGAAGCUGCACGACUGCGCAGCCAGUAUCGGAGUCCCAGUUCCCUCAGCAGUCCCAGUUGGAUUAAAUGCACAGGCCAUUCCAGGCCAGGAGCCUUUAUAUUAUCCACCAGUCCCUACAGACGCUUCGCAGCCAAUAGACGAGCUGCUAUUCACUGAUUUCGGCGAAUUCAACUUCCCAGACCUGACAUCCAACUUCAUGACAUGA